CCAAGUUCAAAUUUAUUCAUUCAUAUUUUUCAUUUAUUUUAAACGCAUUUCAACCAAUUUAAUUCUCUUAAUCUUAUUUUUACUUGUUUUUUUUCAAUUUUAUCAAAGAAGUAUUUAAUUUUAGAAAUAAACUAAAAACUUCAAACAUCAUCAGAUGAAGUCUAAUUAACUUAAUUUUAUAAUAUUUUUAUCGCAAAUUAGCUAAUGGAGUGUUUAAAGUCCUCUGCCUUAAUUCCCGGAGAGCCGGAAUAUAAAAGUGAAUGUAACUUGCUGAACAUGUUACUGAUGAAGGUGCCCAAAGAUGUUGAUCUUCUCCCUAUUUUAAAUAUUAAGCCUCUGCAGCCUCGACACAGCUCAGCUUUACAGGAGUUACACCUUGAACUUUUCCCAGUUCACUAUGAUCCGACUUUUUUUGAAGUCGCCUGCUCCACUGAGUCUGGAUUUUAUGACACUCAGUCCUUCUGGGACAUGUUCGACUCCUCCUCAAACAGCACCAAAGACUUGGACUGGUAUGAGAAUCAGAUAUUAUCAUUUGGCUUAUUUUUACCUCGUAGUUAUGUGAGUUUUUUCCGAAAAUCUGGAAAAUAUGACAUUGAAUCUUAUUUGGAGUAUGUUUCCACUGAGGAUGAGUAUACAGAAUUUGACGAUCCUCUUGCUGAAAUGUUAAUAUUUGACCCUGAGUAUGACGAGUUUCUCAUAGGAUUUGUCACGCUAUUAAUCAAUUUAGAAGUCACCAAUAGCCUAAUCUCAGACGACGAUUAUAAUAUUUUAUACACACACUAUCAUAAUAUGGAAAACAAAUCCAUUCUCACCAACGAGAUAAACAUAAAUUUGGACAAGUUUGACGUUGCAUACUACAGUUUCAUUUAUAAUCAGUUGUAUAAUAACAAAUUACUCCUUGAAUAUACAAAGAAGUUUCAAAUUAAGGACGCGAAAACUAUUUACAUUUUAAGCACUGGAAUUACUCUGGGACUCAGGAGAAGAUCGCUAGGAACUCACCUGAUCCUAUUCACUCAAUUACUUAUCUUUUUUAUUAACUACAGUAUUAUAGUUUUUGAAGGCUAUUACUACAUGCUACACUCCAGGGAAGUACUCGAGAGUAUUAAGAAUUACUAUAAUAAGUUAUUAUUCCAGGAUGACCACAAGCUGUUGUAUACAUUUUAUACAAUUUUGUUAAAUGAUAAUAGCGUCUGUUGUCGAAGAACUAGAGAUGAGUUGGAUUCCAUAAUUCAGGAUAAACUCGGUAAACCCACCAGUAAUCUCAUUGUCAACCCCAACUCCGAUGAGGAAUCUGGUAUUAACUCGGUAAAAUGUGUGAAUAAAAUACCACUGGUGAUAUAUUUGCAUACAAUUUAUUACAAUGAAGUGGCUACGGAAAUGUAUAAAAAGUUGCAUUUUUACAAUAUAACCACCAUCCCCAACUAUUAUAACAUUAAUAAUAAGCGGUACAACGCCAACUUUUUAGCAUAUUUUCUGCCAAAACCUUAA